AUGGAUCCUUCUAUAUCUUGGGACUCCUUGCGAAAACAGGCAAGGAAACUCGAAGCACAACUCGAUGAACAGAUGCAUUUAUAUCGUAAAUUAGUAUCAAGAAAAGUUGAUAAUACUAAUGAUAACGAUUUAGAAUCUGGAAUUGAGCAUCUUCUCAAACAGCUUCAACAAGUAAAUUUGCAAAUGCAAGCUUGGGUUUCAUCUGGAGGAUCUGAAAUUUUUUCUCAUACAUUGACUCGACAUCAAGAAAUUCUUCAGGAUCUUACUCAGGAAUUUAAUAGGCUUCAUUCUAGUCAAAGAGCUAAGAAAGAGCAUGCUUCUUUACUUGAGGAUUUUAGGGAGUUUGAUCGUACAAGAUUAGACCUGGAAGAUGGAGGUGGUUCCUAUGAUCAAGCUCUCCUCAAGGAGCGUGUUACCCUCAAUAGAAGUACAGGACAGGUGGACUCCGUGAUCUCACAAGCACAAGAAACCUUAAAAUCUCUCAUGUUCCAACGUUCGACGUUUGGGGGCAUUAAUUCAAAGCUUAGUAAUGUCAGCAGUCGGCUUCCAACAGUGAAUCACAUUCUCACGGCAAUAAAGAAGAAAAAGUCCAUGGAUACCAUCAUCCUUUCCUUGCUCGCAGCUACAACAUUGUAUCCAUUUUGUUGGCUACGAAACUUUGGUAAAUCUAAUCAGGUCGCAAAGGAGUUCAACAAUAGCUUGUUUAUGACUGAUUGGACAACGUGCUUGAUUUUGGAGCGCUGA